CUUGUACUCAGUCGAAGAGUGGAGGUGGGUAGGGCUACACGCUUUCGUCCACGGAGCUGCGCUUUAGGAACUGAAGCCAUGGCAACAGCAAUAGCAGAAGCGGAGACCCGUCAGCGCUUGCUUAGGACCGUCAAGAAAGAGGUGAAGCAGAUCAUGGAGGAGGCCGUCACCAGGAAGUUUGUUCAUGAAGACAGUAGCCAUAUCGUGUCGUUCUGUGCUGCGGUGGAGGCGUGCGUCCUGCACGGGCUGAAGCGGCGGGCGGCCGGAUUCCUGCGCAGCAACAAGGUGGCGGCGCUCUUCACCAAGGUGGCCAAGAGCUUCGCCCCCGCCGAGGAGCUCUGCAGGAAGGCCCAGGAGAUGGAGCAGGUCAUCGAGAGCAAGAGGAGUCAGACCUUGCCCCACCAGGACAGCACACGUAGGCUGCCCAGGCUUCCUAGUCUGUCGCCGCAGGGCUUCAAGCAUCUGUGGAUCCGCACCGCCCUCAUAGAGAAGGUGCUGGACAAGAUCGUGCUCUACCUAGUGGAGAACAGCAGUAAGUUCUAUGAGAAGGAAGCCAUUAUGAUGGAUCCUGUGGAUGGCCACAUUCUUGCCUCUUUGUUAGUGGGUCCGUGUGCCCUGGAGUACACUAAGAUGAAGACGGCCGAUCACUUCUGGACGGACCCGUCGGCGGACGAGCUGAUGCAGAGGCACCGCAUCCACAGUGGUCACUGCCGCCAGGACUCGCCCACCAAGAGACCCGCCCUGUGUAUCCAGAAGAGGCAUUCGAGCAGCAGCAUCGACGAGAGGCCCUCCCCCUCCCCCUCUGCCAGGGACUACGUGGAGUCUCUUCACCAGAACAACAGAGCCACGCUCCUGUUCGGCAAGAACAACGUGCUCGUACAGCCGAGGGAUGACAUGGAGGCUAUCCCAGGGUACCUCUCUCUCCACCAGACGGCCGAUGUCAUGACCCUGAAGUGGACACCCAAUCAGUUGAUGAACGGAUCAAUGGGAGAUCUGGAAUAUGAGCGGAGUGUGUACUGGGACUACGCUAUGACUAUUCCUUUGGAGGAAAUUGUCUAUCUACACUGUCAUCAGCAAGUGGACAGUGGCGGCACGGUGGUGCUGGUGAGCCAGGACGGGAUCCAGCGGCCCCCGCUGCGUUUCCCCCGGGGGGGUCACCUCCUGCAGUUCCUGUCCUGCCUGGAGAACGGCCUGCUGCCCCACGGCCAGCUGGACCCACCACUCUGGUCCCAGAGAGGAAAGGGGAAGGUGUUCCCUAAGCUGAGGAAGAGGGGGGCUCAGGGAUCCUACGACUCCAUCUCGGAUAAAGAAGAAGAUGAGGCCACAGACUAUGUCUUCCGCAUCCUGUUUCCCAACAGCCAAUCAGAAUUUGCUCCACCCCCUGAGCUGAUGGACCAGGCGGCGUCCAUGUGGCAGCCCACUCCCAGGAAGUCGUCCUGCUCCUCCUGCUCCCAGGGCAGCUUCUCCGAGGGAGGGCCUCCCAACGGCUGCAACCACGAGAGAGCUCCCCUUAAACUCCUCUGUGACAACAUGAAGUAUCAGAUCAUCUCCAGGGCUUUCUAUGGCUGGUUGGCCUACUGUCGCCACCUGUCCACCGUGCGCACUCAUCUGUCCGCCCUGGUGAACCACGCCAUCGUGGACCCAGACGCCCCCUGUGACGCAUACGCUGGCCUCACCUCUGAUGUCUGGCAGAGCUUCCUACAAGACUGCAGCUCCUAUGAGGAGACAGAGCUGCUGCGGCUGGUGUACUACGGAGGCGUGGAGCCCUCGCUGCGGAAGGAAGUGUGGCCCUUCCUGCUGGGGCACUACCAGUUCGGCAUGUCUGUGGACCAGAGGAAGGAGGUGGACGAGCAGGUGCGUCUGUGCUACGAGCAGACCAUGAGCGAGUGGCAGGGCUGCGAGGCCAUCGUGAAGCAGCGCGAGAGGGAGCAGCACGCCGUGGCGCUGGCCAAGUGCUCGUCCGGGGCCAGCAUAGACAGCACCUCCCAGAAGCUCCUGCACAGGGACUCCACGCUCAGCAAUGAGUCCUCCCAGAGCUGCAGCUCUGACAGACAGAGUAACGCACGGAUCCAGAGUGACUCCAGCAGCAGCACACAGGUGUUUGAGUCGGUGGAGGAAGUGGAGCAGAUCGAGACGGAGCCCAGGGCGGACGAGCUCAUCAAGCAGGCUCCCAAGGUGCCCAACGGGGCGCUCCAGAACGGCACCAGCUCGCCGGACUCGGGCCACCCCUCCUCCCGGAACUUCUCCGUGGCUUCGGCCCUCUCGGACUCGCUGAGCACGGAGGACAGCGGCAUGCACGAGCCCAGCACCAGGAGCACCGGUGCUGCCCAGCCAACGGCCGUUACCACACCCCAGCAGGGGGCGCCACAGAUGCCGGCUCAGAGUCAAACGGUGGCACCGCCGAGUUCCUCUGUCGGCACUGAGGCCGAAACCCAGCCGAGUGAAAGCGAAGAGCAAAAACAGGAAUCGCAGACAGUAGCCAAGGAGAAGGAGGUAGUUAAGGAAGAGAAGGAAGAAGCGGAUAUGACCUCAGACGAGGGGAAAGAGGUAGAGAUGGAGGACAGUGAUGUCACAUCGAAAGAAAUAGAGAAGGAAGAGGGGUCAGAGGUCAAAGAUAGUGUCAUGGAGAUGGAGGCUCUAGUGACAGAGGAGAGAAAAAUAGAGUCAGUCAAGGAAGAGGCUGAUGAACCAAAAGCUGUUGAAGAUAAAGAAUCUAUCACAGAACAAGCAGUGGAACCAAAAGCUGUUGAAGAGGGAGAAUCUAUUAAAAAACAAGCAGUGGAACCAAGAGCUGUUGAAGAUACAGAAUCUAUCAAAGAACAAGCAGUGGAACCAAAAGCUGUUGAAGAUACAGAAUCUAUCAAAGAACAAGCAGUGGAACCAAAAGCUGUUGAAGAUACAGAAUCUAUCAAAGAACAAGCAGUGGAACCAAAAGCUGUUGAAGAGGGAGAAUCUAUUAAAAAACAAGCAGAGGAACCAAAAGCCGUUGAAGAGAGAGAAUCUGUUAAAGAAGAGGUUGAGGAACCAAACGCUGUUGAAGAGAAAGAAUCUCUCAAAGAAGAUGCUGAGAAACCAAACAUUGUUGAAGAGAAAGAAUCCCUCAAGGAAGAUGCUGAGGAACCAAAAGCUGUUGAAGAACUCGCCAAACCUGCAGAGACAGAGAAGGAAAGAGAGAGAGGAGAAAGCAUGACUGUAGACACAGGAGCUGAGGUAACGUUGACAGAAUCAGGUGAACACAAAGACGCAAUGGAGGCUACAGGAACAGUGGAUCUCAGCAGUGAGCAGGGUGACGUUACAGUCGAGUCAGGGAUAAAAGAUGAAGCCGCAUCAGAGACAGAGGAUAACGCUCCAGCAGAGGAGGAAGAGACAUCGGAGACAGGAACACCUGCUGAAACUAAACAGGACAUGACAUCAGAGGCAGCUAAUGAAACAGAAGAGGAUGUAUCCUCUGUCGCAGAGAUGCCUGAAAUAAAAGAGGACAAAGCAUCAGACACAGAAAAAGAAAUGAUACCAGAGAGAGAGGAGACCAUCGAGCCAGAAACAGAGCCCGUAGAAAGUACGUCUGUGGACACAGAGGUCACAGGAAUAAAAGAAGAGACACUACUUAUAACUGUGCCUAGAGAGGAUGCUGAGUCUGUAGAGAUACCUCAGGCUAUCGCCCUGACAACAAAGACUGUGGUUGAUGACACAGAGAAUAAGAUGGCAGCAGCACAAGACAGUGCAGUCUCAAAGGGAGACAUGGCAACAGGCUGUGAAGAUAAAUCAGACAGAGAUGCCGCUGCCUCCAUUUUAAAAGAAGCAACAGGAACACAGGAAGAAGCAACAUCAGGUUCACCCAAGUCAGACAGAGAACAGGAAAUGACCUCAGAGGUGGUGACAGGCAAGUCAAAGGGGGCAGACACAGAAGAGUCAUUGGGUGCAUGUGAAGAAAAGGCCAUGAGAGAAGAUGUGGAGGAAGCAAAGGAUGAUGGGAGGUCAGAGAGCACACCCCCUCCUCUCGAAUUACCGACCCCAGCAUCACUUGCAAAGGGUGCGGCGUCCAGAGUUCUGGAGGUGGUCAGGAGUCGUCAGCCAGAGGUAGCCCCAGCUGCCCCGGACUCGGACGACUCUCCCACAGCCAUCGAGAUGGAGGACAUACCCAUGGCGAGGGUGCCCACCAAGGUGCCCUGGCAAGGCAAGCCCUCUUCUGAGGGCACAGGGCACCGGGCAGAGGGGGGCGGCAUGGCGGCCCUGGAGCUGAGAAUGGAGGAGGGCCGCCAGCGCAGUCCGGAGGGCGCGGGGUCUGCCCUGUCCGAGGAGCCGGAGAUGGAGAGUUUCUACCCCCACUUUGACUCCCUCGCUGUGGCCGCUGAGAAGGCUGCAGCCACCUCUCCAGUGUCUUCCAUUGGAGCUACUUACUCUCAAGAGCUUUUGGAUAUGUACACUCUCAAUCUGCACCGCAUUGACAAGGAUGUCCAGCGAUGUGACAGGAAUUACUGGUACUUCACCCCAGCUAACCUCGAGAAACUCCGCAACAUCAUGUGCAGUUACAUUUGGCAGCACCUGGAGAUUGGAUAUGUGCAGGGUAUGUGUGACCUGCUGGCCCCACUGCUAGUCAUCCUGGAUGACGAGGCGUUGGCCUUCAGCUGCUUCACUGAGCUCAUGAAGAGGAUGAACCAGAACUUUCCACACGGCGGCGCGAUGGACACUCACUUCGCCAACAUGAGAUCGCUGAUUCAGAUCCUGGACUCUGAGCUCUUUGAGCUGAUGCACCAGAAUGGAGACUACACCCACUUCUACUUCUGCUACCGCUGGUUCCUGCUCGACUUCAAAAGAGAGCUGGUGUACGAUGACGUGUUCUCUGUGUGGGAGACCAUCUGGGCGGCCAAGUAUGUCUCGUCCAGCCACUUUGUCCUGUUUAUCGCCCUGGCUCUGGUGGAGAUCUACAGAGACAUCAUUCUGGAGAACAACAUGGACUUCACAGACAUCAUCAAGUUCUUCAAUGAAAUGGCGGAGCACCACAACAUCAAGCAGAUUCUGACUCUAGCAAGAGACCUGGUGUGCCAAGUCCAGACUCUUAUUGAAAACAAGUAACUGAGAGCCAGUAAUCUCUCUCUCUCUCUCUCUCUCUCUCUCUCUCUCUCUCUCUCUCUCUCUCUCUCUUUCCAACUCUUCUCUCUCUGUCUCUUUCUCUCUCUGUUUUUUAAAAGAAGAAGCUUCCCACUGUCCCCUGCUGCAUCUCACUAACAGGAGUCUCUCAGACUUCUUAGGCCUUAAGCAAUGGAAACCUCACAAUGGAAGAACUGAAGGGUCCUCCUCUGUUUCUCCCAUGUACCUUAUAGUACCACUACAGCAUUUUCCUUGACAGUGUGAAACCCUCUGUAACGGUUGACAGUUACAGCUCACCAUUGUUCACUGCAGACAGUCAUGAUUUCAGUAUUUUGAUCUAUGUUUUUGGGUGGUCUUUGGUGACGAUGACAAUUAUUAUGAGGCUCAAUUAUUUGUGUUUUCUUUGAUAACAGCUCCAGUUAGGGUUCUGUGUCUACACUGUGUUGACACGCAGUGUUUGCAGGCAGUGGAUCCUGAGUGUUUUUGUCAUGUUUUGUCAGUGUUUGUGUGUGUGUCGUUGUGUAGGGGUUUAGAGCUUCUUUGAACAGUCUUUGUGUAUGUGUGUGUGUGUGUGUGCGUGCGUGAUCAACAUGCUAAAUGCAAGGUCAGUCAGUUUGUUAGGCAUCAGUUUGUUUUACUCUCCGCUUCGUUGUUCAACAGACAAUAGGUAAUAUACUGUACGUUUGCUCUGAAUUAAUGAUAUGACAAUGUCUGCAUACUGAUGGACCUCUAGAUACAGAGGAUAUACAGAAGCUUGAUUCAUCACACAUCAAUUAUUUCACUCGUGCGUUCCAGAGGAAGUUUGGUAGAAUGCCAACAGCAUCAUCAGCAUCUUAAACUUUACUGUAGACACACACACAAAGUCCAUUUGCACAAUUCUACCUGCCAUAUAUCAUUAUUUACACCAUGCCAGCAUGGAGGAGCAGUUGUAGUAUCAGUUGGUUGGCCAGGGUUCAGGUCCUGAACUUGCCAUUUCGAAGUCUGGGUUGCUUUGGAUAAGAGUGUCUACUAAAUGCCAGUCACCUUGACCAUCACAUAUCAUACAGUACAUACUACAUCAGCAGUAUAGAACAGAACAGAUAGAUAGAUAGAUAGAUAGAUAGAUAGAUACUUUAUUGAUCCCCAAGGGGAAAUUCAAGAACAGUCUACGGUACCAAAUCCAACAAGCAUACAUUUCUUUCAGAAGAAUUCCCUUGCAUUGCUCUGUGCCAUUGUAUCUUUUUAAGACUCAAUGCCAUUCAUAGGAAAGAAACAGUCAGUUGAAGGUGCUGGCAUUGCACCUCGUCUAUGGAUCAGGGAAAAGGCGUCCAAAGGAAUUGUGUACAAGUUGAAACCACAUCAGUGUACUCCAUUGUGUGUGCCUAUUUCAACAAUAUCUCUGAACAGAUGUCCACUGUAAGUGUGUGUGUGUGUGUGUGUGCGCGCGCCGCUAGGGACUGAAUGUGUAUCUGUGUAUGUGUGUGUAAGUUCAAGGGAGUGCCAAAGUAGAGGCAAUUUACGAAAAAUAUAGUGCUUCAUUUAUAAAGAUAUAUUUAUUGUACAUCCAGAGAAAUAUAUAGAAGUUACUUGGGUGAAAAAAAAAGAAGCAGACAUUCUGGCCAGUGCUUUUAUUUACAGUACUUUCCUUACUCUGCGAUGUAUUGUAUAUUAUGCAAACUGCAUUGCUCACAGAUGACCUGGUACCGGCUCUUCUAGUACUUCUGUCUUUUCUGCGUAGAUCCUUUGUACAAGACUCCCCAAAUGCGAAUGCUGUCAAAGGGGCAUUUCUAAAAAUCUUGGCUUUAUAUUGUAUACCCUUUCAGCUGUCUAUUUUUACUAUACUGCUGAGUACAAUGCUUUGUGGAGAAUAAUUAUCAACCUGUCUGGAAACACACUACUGAACAUGUGAUUGUGUGUAUGUGUAGGUGUGUAUGUGUGUGUGUGUUUAUGUUGCACACUCCAGAACACCAGCCAUGAUAACAUACAUCACAGGUAAUUCUAUGGACCGUUCUCCUUAUUCAGGUGGUGGCCAUUGUAAAUCAAAACGAAGGGUACACAUACCAUAGGAUUGUUGUGUUCUGUGCCUUCACCAGUAGGUGGCAAAAAUGCAUCAAUGAUAUAGUCAGUGUAGCCUGUAGCCUUGCCUUGGUUUACGCAAUGGCCACCACAUGAAUAAGGUGAAUUCCACCCUACAGUAUGUCUCAGAGCUUGAAAUGUCACUGGUUCUACAGUCAUUGCUUAAUCCAUGGGUGUAGAUGUCAGGCAAUGAAUAUUGAUCGUUCUUUGUGAUAGCAAGCUGCUACAUGUUACCAUAGUGAAAGAGAAAAAAAUAUUUGUACAUUGUGUCUUAUAAUUUAUUUAUUUACAUGCUUAUUUAUUCAUUUGUUUGUUUCUGCUUUUGUAUGUAAAGCUAUAUUUGUUAUAUUGUGGUUGAUUCUUGAUAUAUCACAGUCAGAUCCUAUAUAUCUAAAUGGUCUAUGUGUUUAUAUAAAAAAUAUAUAAUAAAAUGGAAUUGUUCUAUUUUUUCCAAUGCC